UAUUUAUUAUUGUCAUUAUCAAACAUAUUUCAAGAAAGGUUCACUACAGUAACAAAGUAGGAAACCUCUUAUAUGAUAAAUAAUACAACAUUAAAACAUUAAAAGCAAGAAAAGAUGCCGUUGGAAUUUAUAAUAAUUAUGAAUCCAUUGUGUGGGCAGUUCGUCUAUGUGGUUAUUGUCACUGCACCUCAAUGGAAUUCAGCAAACCUUUAAUUAUAUUGGCCGUUACAAUGCCCAAGGAAAAAUGUGUUGUAGCUAUUGGGCCCCCCUGACACCCUCCCUGAAACAUAUGUGCAUUGUGUAUUUAACCUUUUGUCAAGCUGCCAGUCAAAUCGAAUUGCAGCCAGCAUUACUAUGCAUGAUGCUACAUGUGUUUUAAUUGUAUUAUAAUAUAAUCAAAAACAACUAUGGGUCCUGGCUUAGUUGAUGUCCAAUACACACAGUUAACCAGAGUAAAGAGUGUCAUGCUUUUAAGGGGCAUAUAGUCUUCUGUAGUACCAGAUGAAUUAUCCAGCAUUAAAACCUACACUUAAUGAAUAAUCCUCCUUUUUAUUAUUGUUCUAUUUCAUCAGUGAUCCUGUAUUGUUUUUACCACAAUGUAAUAAACCAAAGGACAAUUUUCUACGAUGUGAACAAUACUGUUACAAAACUGUUACUGGGUAACUAGCUAAUCAACUAAACGAUUGACUGACUGACUAAAUAACUAAAUGACUUUAGACCUCAAGUGAAGCCGGCGGGCCUCGCGUGGAACUGGACGGUCACACGGCGGGAGAUUCAAAUCCUCGCGAGGUUUCUGCCUGUUUAGUCCACGCCGUGCAACGCUAUUGAAUCAAAGACCCCCAUCAACGCAAGACUUCCGACGAAUACGGCGAUGAAUCAUUCGAGGAACAUUAAGGAGAUGCUGGGCAUCCCAACCGGAAGCAGCGAUAAAACUCUCCACAGAAACGUGGCAAACAGCGGCCACUCCAGCUUCACAGACUCCCAGUUUCUCUUCGGAUCCCAGUUUUGGCCGGAAAACUCUCAAGGCCUGUCUCAAGAUAUGAGUUUGUCAUCCAGGACCUCCCAACAAAGUUCACAAGAGGGAAGUGACUCAAAGUUUUCCAGCAAUUAUCCCACUAAACCUCUCCUGUUUGGAGAAUUUAAGUCCAAAGCUUUUGGAAUACUGGAUCAAUUUGAAGACGAGAAGAGACGGGCGAAAGAAAAAACGGAUGGGGAAGUGUUUGCCAAAGAGCGUAAUAAUUUUCGAGAAACACUCAACAAUAUCCAACAGCUACUUGUUAGCACAGAGAGAAACACUGCUGUGUGUCAACCGGUGCUUACAAAAUUUGACAACUUCGUCUCAACAUUGCAAAAUCAUUUGAGCAGUCUUCAGGGUGAUAUUUCCCUGCAGUUUGAGACUUUAUUGACUACGGUGAACUCUCAAAAAGAGAGGAUAACUGGAGUGGAGGAGACUACGCAAAAGAGUUCGGAGACCACAGCAGAACUUGGUUCCAAUUUGCAAAGCUUGAAGAAUAGUCUUGAGAGUCUGAGAGAUGAGCACGAGAGAGAACGAAACAUGCUUGAACAGGCUCUGAAGCUGCUCAGCACAUUAGUCUCAGAGCACUCAGCAAAAUGCGGCCCCAAGAGAGUGACGGACAAUGCCAUCCAGACGUCACCAGAGCUGCUGCAGCAGCAGUUCUCCACCAUCCUGCAAGACAACAAGCUUCAAGGAACGCACUUUAGACAAAAGUCACACAACACAGAACACAAUACGGCAGAAGUUCCCCCUCAGCCUCCCAGAUGCACAGCCAAAAGGAAAUCCUCUCUUCGGAGCCAUAACAAACGCAAAAAGACGCCGUUGGUGCCCUUACAAAGGAGUAGGUGCACUGAUACGAAGGAAAACCGCAACCCUCUCGAGAGCUGCGACCGACAACAAAAUGUUUCAACAAUUCUCGAUGAGUGUCAGCAUCCGAACGCGGUAACCAGCGCAGAGAGUGACAACCCAGACUGUCUCCAAAUGCCAAACGCGGAGAUGGAAUCCAUAGCGACGGGGUGUUUCAUAACCCCGCUCAGCUGCUGGUCUCAGGAAAGCAACAGCCCCGAGUGCACCGCAGGUUUCGAACCAAUUUUGGAGAAGCUCUCAUCGGAGUCCAAGAGAAGGAUCCCAGAGACGCCGGAAGGCCUCUGGCAGUUGUUCGAUUUUGAUUUUGAUUUAGGCCUUUAGAGUAAAGGAAUCAACAGUGACCCAUCUGUAAGUUUGGAGUAAAAGCCAGAAAGCUUUUAUUUUUAUUUUGGUUCUUGCGUUACUCCGCUCUUUGAUGAAUAACAUUAAUAUAUUUAUAUUCAAGUUAUUGAGGUAUUUGUGAUUUUUAACGAUGGCUUAUGGCCUAUUUUGGUUGUAGUGUUCAGUUCAUUGACUAACGUUGACCUUCGCAUACAAUAAUAUAUUUAUACACAAGUUAUUGAGGUAAUGUAAAAAGAAAAACAUUGU